AUGGUGAUCCUGGCAACUGAUGAGAGGCUGGGUCUUCCUUCCCUUUUGCUCUUUGGGCAGUCAGAGCUGUGUGCUACCCAUAAUGCAUUCAAGUGCUCAAAACAGCCCACUGUGUGUAAGUUUUUCCACAGCCCACCAGAGCAGCGUGGAGAUAAACCUUCAGAAACUGAAGUCCAGCGCAAGGAGGUUUGCCGCUGGCCGUGCCGAUGCCCGCCGGUGCCAGCCUGCAGCCCCGGGGUCAGCCUGGUGAAGGAUGGCUGUGGCUGCUGUAAGGCCUGUGCCAAGCAGGCAGGAGAGCCCUGCAAUGAAGCAGAUGUCUGUGAUCCCCACAAAGGGCUCUACUGCGACUACUCGGAAGAUGAGCCUAGGUAUGAAACAGGCGUGUGUGCAUAUCUGGUAGCUGUAGGAUGUGAGCUCAAUGGAGUUUAUUAUGCCAACGGGCAGACCUUUCAGCCUAACCGGCUUUAUAAGUGCCUGUGUGUCAGUGGUACAAUCGGAUGUACCCCUGUAUUCACACCAAGAUUAGCAGGCAGCCCCUGCGCCAGGGUCCCAGGCAGAAAGAAGCCAGGACAAUCCAUCUGUGGCCUGGAACAACACAAGCAACUUCAAUCAAACAACUACAGACUGAUGUCAGUUUACAGAGGCUUACCACUAGUUUUGAAGAAAAAGUGCCUCAUACAAGCAACUCCCUGGACACCCUGUUCCAGGACCUGUGGCAUGGGCAUAUCCAGCAGAGUGACCAACGACAACAGAAAAUGUGAAAUGAAAAAAGAAAACAGAUUAUGUUUCAUCCAGCCUUGUCUGACCAAUAUGCUGAAGAAAAUAAAGAUUCCAAAGGGAAAAACAUGUCAACCAACUUUCCAGCUUCCAACAGAAGAGAAGCUAGUUUUUUCCGGAUGCUCAACUACUCAAAGAUACAAACUAACUUUCUGUGGAGUGUGCUUGGACAAGAGGUGCUGCAUUCCUAAUAAGUCCAAAAUGAUCACUGUUCAGUUUGAGUGUCCCAAUGAAGGCUCCUUCACGUGGAAGAUGAUGUGGAUAACAUCGUGUGUGUGUCAGAGGCUUUGCAGUGCUCCAGGAGAUAUAUUUUCCCAACUCAAACUCCUAUGACAAAUUACACCAUGGACUAUAACACACAGACAGCACAUUCACACCCUGCAGAGUCAGCAUAACCUCCUGCCACAGCAGUGUUUAUAAUGAAAUAGUACACACGUGAAUAUUUACUCAUUUAUUAAACAGCACCUGUAAAACGCCAGCAGGCAUCUUUUUAAAUGUAACUGCUUUUACAUGGGGAGAUACAUUCUUGAGAAGGGUGUAUCUAACACCAGCAGUGCUCAAACAAGAACUUUCAGUAACUAAGAAAGGCACAGCAAGAGAGCUUCAUACCCUACUCUAACAAGUUUUUGCCCACAAAGACAAAUAGAUGCUCUAAUGUAUUAGGAAAAAAAUUGCCCUGUAAUACUUCAUCUAUCAUUCUUCCUUCUUAAAUUAACCUUUACUGCUAUACAUCUGCAAUAGUAGAACACAUCAAUGCUGUUUUGAAACAGAAGUCGUCACCUUUAAACUCAGACUGCUUUUUGCAACAGAUGGUCUUUCUCUAGUAUUAUGGAUAUAAACACUGGAUGUGCAAAGGAACAAAUAAGUGGAUAACUGCAAAUAAUAGAUGCAAGACUUCAGAAAAUUGCUAUUUUUAGAACAUUUUCUUAAAAAUGCUCUCAAUAAAUGUUAUCACAAUACUUUAUUGAAUACUUCUGGACUUAUACAUUCAUAAUUGUGCUUACUUACAUAUCCACUCCAACUGUGCUAGAAGGACUUCAAGUUUCAAGAAAUCAUUGUAUCAAUCCAUUCUGAUCUGUAACAGUUCACUGGCAAGCAACUGGAAACAGCUAUACAUUCUAUUUUUUAAAAGUUCUUAUUGUAAUAUAAAAAAGCUACUUACUCUGAUAAUUAUAAAUAUUAAAACAUCUAUUUUAUUUGCAUUCUUUCACGGCUAUAUGUGUUUUUCUCCAAAUGGUCAUUAUAACUUCAUCAUAAGUGCAUGUUUUGCUCAGAGGUAUUCUGUAUUAUCUCAUUAUCAAGUGCAACUCAGCAUUCAUAAAUAUGAAUCAUUAAAAUAUUAUUUAAUAUUCCAAGUAUAAUACUUGAAACAAAUUUUUUUUGUAAUUUUCUGUUAUUGCCAAUUUUGGUAUCAACUGAGAAUGCUCUAAUAUUCUAAGUACAACACAGAAGCAGAAAAACUAAAAUGAGAAACACAGCUUAAAGCAUUCUGAAAUGUCUACUGCAGAGUGUAAGAAAGCAGUUGCAUUAGAGACUUGCUUUCAUCUUUGAAAAGGGGCUUUACAUGGGCUUUUCUUCUCUUCACAGUCACUUGCUAAAAACUAAAUCUAGCAACAGUGAUCCUUCUUUGAAGCAAGACCUACCUUUAGUUUACUGUAAGUUGAAAGUCUGAGAAGGGAGUUACAUUUUUGGCUGCUACAUAAAACCUUUCCUCCUUUUCUUCACAGCAUAUGGUCUGUCAAUUUACCCCACAGUUAGGAUUAUCAUCCUUACUGAUACCAGCCACAAUUAGGUGCCACCAAAUCUUUCUUACAGGCAUGGCUCACCACUUAAAGACAACUCUUGAGGUAAGGAAUUUGUUGUGCUGGUCCCACUUUGGAAUUACAAUAGCCAGGCAUGCUGCAAGUCAUUCUGGUUAACUGAAGUGGCUGGAUACUUAGGGAAAGCGCUUUUUUGUUGCUGUUUUUAAAAUCAGACCU